ACUAUUGACUUGACAAAGCUGUCAAAAGCAAAGCUUCUUCAUAAAAGCACUGACUUUUUUUAACGAAAAUAAAUAAACUGUUUAUUUCCAAUUAUUCUUCUGCACUAUAAAUUAAUUUGUUAUAAAAUCAGUGAUCAGUGGCUUUAGACAGAAUAUGGUUCUGUGGAUAACACUCUCUUUGAAUAAUCAAUAUGGGUGAUUUAAAUUCAUCAGAUUGUUCCUGGAAGAAAAUGGUUAUAGCGAAAGCAAAUCAUGAAUGGGUUUCUAAAAUUAAGUGUGAAAAUACCGAAACUUUGAUUGUAGAGGUUGAAGAACCUGUGGGAAGCACUACUAAUUUCAGUAUACCUGAGGAGAGCCCAAUGUGUUAUGGGAAUAUUAAAUCAGAAAAUGGAGAUAUUGACGCUAUGCAUUCUGUCGGUGAACCAGAGAUUUUUACUCAAUCUUUAGAUCCUUUGAUGAUAGCGGAGCCCAAGCAGCGCCGUCGCCGCAGUUCAGUCGCUAAGAGCCCCAAAAAUGAGACGCCAGAUGAGAGAGCAGCAAGAUUGGCAAAAAUGUCUGCAUAUGCAGCACAAAGACUUGCCAAUGAAUCUCCAGAGCAGCGUGCAGCUAGGUUAAAGAGGAUGUCUGAAUAUGCAGCUAGACGGUUAGCACAGGAGACAAGUGAACAAAGAGAACAAAGGUUGGCUAGAAUGUCUGCAUAUGCAGCUAAGAGACUCGCCCAAGAGACACCGGAGCAAAGACGCAACCGCCUCUCUCGUAUGUCAGCUUAUGCUGCCCGAAGACAAGCCAUGAAGAAAGUCAUGAAUAGUAAAGACCUUCCAAAUCCAAAUAUCAAUCAUGGCAUGCCUAACCAAAGUUGAGAUACCAACAUUACUUUAACAUUUAUUCAGAAGUGUUUGUUACAUUUUCAACCCUCAUCUGUUUUCUAUACACUUUCAGUGAAUCGGUAAAGAACAAGGAUGCCUUUAAUCCAGUUAUAUGUUUAUUCACAGUUUGUAUUUGAUAUAAGUUAAAACUAUUUAUUAUUAUCUGAUGUUUGUACUAACAUAUUGUAUUUUUUCUUUUUGGCUAUUGGUUUGAUUGUAUUGCCUGCUAUUAUAGUUAAGGUUAAUAUAGAAUUGUCUUAUGAAAAUGCUUCAUGCAGUAUUUGCAUGUAUUGAACUAAGCAAAUAGCAAUAUAUUUAUGGAUACAUGUUAAUCUAAAGAUAUAUUUAGUAAUGGAUAUGAUCAUCACAAAAGUAGUUACAUUCAGGAGAAUAGAAAAAUCAAUGUCAUUUCAUUAUUUUUAUUCUAUCUAUUAUAAGAUGUAUAGAUGUGAAAAUAAAAUACAUUUAUAAUACUUAUAAUCAAAACAACUAAAUUGUACAGGUAACAGAAUAUGAAGUUACCCAAAUUGUGUAGUACAAAACGGUUGGUAUAUUUAUCUUAUCUUUAACAGACAGAUGUGUAGUUGUGUGUACAUUCAGAUUUUUAACAAACUUCCAAAAAUGGAGGAAGGUAUUGUAUAGGGUUGUUCGGCAUUCUAAUAUAUAAAAGAUCUCAUGUCUGAAAUAGAGAAGAAUUGAAAAUGGGUAACUUAUAAUCUGUUAUCAUAAAUAAAGUUUGGCAGAUGAGAUUCAACUAGUCGAGGAAUGUUAACUCAGUCUAUAUCUAUCUCUUAUCUAUAUAACCCUACACCUAUAGAAAUAAGAACAUAAAUAUAUUUUUAACAAAUGUAGAAUAUAUACAUACAGA